GAUCUCUCAGUGUAUUUUGAAAACACAACAACUCACUUGAUGGAAUAACCGCUUCUACGCCGGAAGUCGGCUCAUUAAGCAAUGCUGGCAUCGAUUGCUGCAUCCUCAGCUCAGCCUCACAGAUGGGGGUAAGAGUAAGCAUCAAUAUGUGAUGAGAAAGAAACCAGCGCAAAACGCGUUUUAAUCGCUAACUUGCUUCGUGCCAUCUUAUCAUCGUGUUUUUCUUUCAUGGGUGAAUUGACUGACCCUUAAAUCGUCAUGACGGACUCUCCGACCUGGAGUCCAUUGCUCUACCAGCCUUUGGAUGCUGAUGAGGUCCGGGUCUUAUGUCUCGAGCCAAGUUCUCGCUCGGAUCCUGAUGAAUCUGCUAUGAUAUCAUGCCAAAUGCGUCCGAUUCAGCUCAAAAAAAUAGGUGCAUCUCAUAAAUUUGUCGGCAAUGAGACGGCAUCGGAGCGGGAGUGGAGAGGUCUUGAUCAAAAACCACACGAUUACACAACAUUGUUUAAACCUAGAAGGGGACUUUUCGAUCGCUCUUUAAAAGCAUAUAUCAAGUCCUUGAAAGAGACGCAAUGCAGAUCCGGUGAAGCUGUUUCGCCCAAGGAAAAUUCAACCCAUCUCUCAGAUAGAUAUGUUGCACUAUCAUAUGUCUGGGGAUCUCCUGCAGACAAACAGUCAAUAUUAGUCAAUGGAAUUAAGAUGCAAGUCACUCAGAAUCUACAUACUGCGUUGAUAGAAUUGCGAAAGUCGAAUUGGAUUAGAAGACGCGUUAAUUUGUGGAUUGACGCACUUUGUAUUAAUCAAGAUGAUCUAGAUGAGCGCGAGCAGCAAGUAAAGCUCAUGCGAGACAUCUAUGCUAUGGCAUGGCAAGUGGUAGUCUCUCUUGGUCCAAGUACUUCAAAUACGACCAUGGCAUAUACAGCAUUACAAUGGCUAGCCCAUGAGAUAGCAUCGGACGAGAAGUUAAGAGAAUUCGCUGUCAAAUAUGGAAACUUGCAUCAUAACACCGCCGGCUCAGUGGAGUCGGCCCCCUACACUUUGCCAUGGCAUGACUUUGCGUAUGAAUCACUUCGUUCAUUUUUUGCAUGCCAAUACUGGCAUCGUCUUUGGAUUUUGCAAGAAUUGGCGAUGGCUAGAAUGGAUGCACCUGUUAUCUGGGGAGAUCAUUUUAUGUGUCUACGCGACAUAUGGAAGGCUUGUCAGAUGAUAGAAAGGCAAGAAGAUACUGUUUUGCAGUAUAUCACGACACAUACAAAUGAUGCUGAUCGGCAUAAAACCGUAGCUACAAUAGAUCGACGAUUAGAAGAUCGCGAGGGAACUCCUGGGCAACAGUGGAAACAUCUUAUUCGUAUUCAAAAUAUGCGUGAGCUAAAUCAAGGCGGUGUUAGUACCGCUCUGCCGGCCCUUGAAUUGGCAAGGCAAGCGCAAGCUACCGAUGCACGGGACAAGGUUUAUGGGAUUUUGGCUAUACCUUGCGUGAAAGGACUGACAAACAUGUCACCCAAUUAUCGAAUCGAGCUCCCUGAAAUAUUCACCAAUUUUACACGCGAGAUAAUCUCGAAUAAUGAACACGGUUUGGACAUUCUCAGAUUGGUUCAUUCACCGGUUGAUAAAAUUAUACUGUCAUCAUUACUUGCGAGUAAUCCUCGAUGGAUGCGUAAAAUGAUAGGAGGUCGUUUCGUGGAGGUUGCAGCACCUUGUACACAUAAAUUACCCUCUUGGGUGGUUUGUUGGUCAUGCACGGCCGCACCACUCAUGUUUCUUCCUGGUAUUUACAAAGCAGAUCGUGGGUUCACACACCCUUCGCCUCCAGUAUUUCUUAGUCAUAACAUCAUAUCACUUCAUGCCGUUUUUAUAGACUCCAUUUCUACCCUUUCAGCAUUCAACGCUCACGAGAACGAUGAAACUUUCCCAAAGAACCGUAUCAAUGCAUCCUCGAUUCAAAAUGCAUAUGGCACCAUCGAUGGUCUCAAAGAAGCAUUUUGGAGAACCAUUGUAGCGGAUACCACACCUAACGGCGAGAAACCUCCUCCUUCAUGGGCGGUCCUUCGUUUACCACGACUAUGGACGGUAUUUGGUACAACUGAAGGUGGUGGUUCAGGUCUCGACUUCAGCCUGCACGGCUUUGCGCAACGCAAUGAAGAACUGAUAAUUUGUGGAACACGUCUCAAAGAUCUUCUAGCUGAUGCUAAAACUAUCAAGGAAAGAAAGGUAUUUAGGGAUGAAGAAAGAACCACAAGUGAUGAUGACUUGCGGGAUUCUUCAACAUGGGCUGCCAAUGUCCUUGCGUGGAGGAGAUUGGUUGGAACUCAAAAUGGCAGAGUUGGUCUUACGGUCGCAGCUUCUAUGAUAGGUGAUUCGAUUGUGGUUUUACCCGGAUGCAGUGUACCUCUAAUUUUGAGAAGAGAUGGGAAAGGUUGGAGACUAAUAGGGGAAUGCUUCAUUUAUGGGUUGAUGAAUGGAGAGGCUGCAGACUUAGUAGGAAAUGAGAUGACACGGAUUGAAGAAAUAGAACUUCGUUGAAAGCGUCAAAUAGAUCGACCGUUAAGUCAUUUGUUAUUUAAUGUAGUCCAAAAUUACGGCUACGAACUUAGCAUCUACUAAGAAGCAGCUUCAGUCCCUCGUAUUUAUCAAAGCUCAUGAUGAAAAAAGAAAGAAUUACUUUAGCA